AUGGACCUAGAAUCACCAGCAUCCUCGGGACAUGGUGGUAAACGACCUGCAUCAGACGUUGAUACCGAUCUGCGCUCCUUGGUCCAAACGAUGACGCCAGAAAGCAUCGAAAGACCAAGGAAACGAGCCAGGCAUCUGAUGCCGAUGACGCAGUUGGAUACUCAAAGCACCAACAAUGACGACCCUCAAAAUCCCAACUGGCUCCCACCUGGUAAUGUUAAACGUGUGAAGCUUCGAAAUUUCAUGUGCCACGAAAACUUCGAACUAGACCUGGGCCCACGAUUGAACUUUAUCGUCGGGAAAAACGGCAGUGGCAAAAGCGCUGUGUUGACGGCUAUCACCAUAGGUCUGGGAGCAAAGGCCACGGACACGAACAGAGGAUCUAGCUUGAAGGAUUUGAUUCGCGAAGGAUGUCGUUCUUCGAAAAUUGUACUAGUUCUCAAUAACGCAGGGUACGGGGGGUACCAACAACAAACAUACGGAUCUGAAAUAACAAUCGAGCGCACCAUAAAAAAGGAUGGCCCAGCAACUUUUAGCGUGAAGGAUGAAAGUGGGAAGGAAAUUUCGAGUAAGAAACGUGAUUUGCAAGCUAUCGUGGAUUACUUUGCAAUUCCUGUCAUGAAUCCCAUGUGCUUCCUGUCACAGGAUGCCGCCAGAUCAUUUCUUACUGCUAGUUCACCUGCUGACAGGUACAAGCAUUUCAUGAGGGGAACGCUGUUGGAAGACACGGAGAACAACUUGAAUCGCGCAGUCGAAACUGCUAUAAGCGCGCAAAACAAUUUGAACUUUCAUGCCAAAAACAUCAAAGCGCUGCGACGGGAAUACGAAGAUUCAAAGCGACUAUUAAAGGAGAUAAGUGCUAACCACGAUUUAAACAGACGCAAGAAGGCAUUACAAGGCAAGUUAUUGUGGCUGAGUGUGGUGGAAAACGAAAAUUCAUAUGACAAACUUCAACACAACUGCUCAGAACUCCAAAAUAAAAUCCAAGAAAUCGAGAAUAAAGUAGGUAGGAAGCAGGACAGCAUUGAGCGUCUUAUAACGGACCAAACAGCCGUGGAGCAGGAACUAGAACGCGCUCUAAACACAUGGCAAGACCAGAAACGCGCAUACGAUGAUGCAAGGCAUGGAGUUAAUCAAGUAAAGCUGGAAUUCGAAACCCAAAAACAAAACCGUUCGGAGACGGCCAAACUCAUUGAGGAGGCAAAGGCUAAGAUUAGCGCUUGUGAGGAUACUAUUAAAAGAUUCGAAGAGUCAAGAAGAUUGCAAUUAGGAGGCGAUCGAAAGCAACUCCUCAAAGAAGCCGAGCACUUCAGAGAUAAAAUAGAACAACAAAAGAAGGUUCGCUCCGAUUACGGCCUCAAACUGCAAAAACUUUUAGAUGAUCAACGAAAUAUCGAAAAACGCCGCGAUACUGAGAUUGCAGCAAUAGCCAGUGCAAUGAGACAUCACCAGGAAGAACUCAAAAGGGUUCGUAGCGGAGACAAUAAUUUUUUAGCCAACUUCGAUCGAAAUAUGGAGAAAGUUGUCCAGGCGAUACAGGCCAACAUUAAAAGGUUUUCAGCAGCUCCAAUAGGACCACUUGGAGCGUAUGUGACAAUAAGGAACGAAUACAAGGAAUGGACGAGGUCGAUACAGGCUUACUUGGGCCCUACAUUGAAUGCCUUUAUUGUUGCUAAUGGCGAAGAUAAUGCUCUCUUGAAACAAAUUUUUCAUAACUGCGGGCUGCGUCUCAAGGCCCCAGUAAUUACUUAUAAGCCAUAUGCCUUUGAUUAUACAUCUGGGAAAGCCAAAACGAAGUAUCCGACUCUGAUUGAUGCUUUGGAUUGCUCAGCGAAUACCCGUUACCUGUUCAUCGAUCAAAAUAGGAUUGAAAAGGUCCUCCUGAUUAAGGACAAGGACGAUGCUAGGAGAUUUCUCGCUGAAAAGCCAGAAAAUGUUAGUAUGGCCCUAUGUCGUUUGACAGAUAACAGUGGCUUCCAAUGUUCCUAUAGACUCGCUUUUAGCAUCAAUUCGGUCGACUACGACUCAAAUUUGAGAAUACGAGCCAAGGCAUCGUCAGAAGAAGUUACAACGUAUUUGGAAAAGCUUAUAGAACAGGAAAGAAAAAAGAACAAAGAGGCGGAGAUUUCUUAUAAAGAAUCUGUUUCCAAGGUUCGCGAUCAGAUCGUUGCUAUACGCAAUCAAAUCAAACAGAUCGAAGAUGACAUUGCAGUAGAUGGAAGGAAGGAAGCGAGUUUGCGUUUAGAGCUUGAAAAGGAGGUUGACACCGGCAUUUGUGUUCAAGCGGAAGCCGACAUAAAAUCUUACGAGGAAGCGAUCACAAGCUACUUGCUGACCAUCGCCGAUAUUGAUAAAAAAUUGGAUGAGAUCGGUCAAAGAGGACAACCCUUGAAGCAGAUUUUGAAUGAAACGAAGGCCAGUGUCCAGGCGGCAGAUGACGCUUUGAGUAAUUUACGAAAUUCAAUUUCGUCAAGGUCAUCAAAAUUAGAGCAGUUGAACGAUGACGUCAAGUACUACCGAGAGAAGCUGGACAAUUACCACAUGAAGUUAGAAAGCACAAGGACGAAAUCUGGCGAAUUUCGAGAAGGUAUUCAAGAGCAGAUUUCAAAUGCCGAGGUUUACUGUCGUAGGGAAGUCGCCUUCGCAGCAGAUAUGCCAGAGUCAAUAGAUGAUACUAAAUCGGAAAUUGAGAGAGUUUCACAACAGAUCAAUAGGGCUGAGGAGAGGGUGGGGCUAUCACAGGAUGAAAUCAUGGCACUCUUCGAAAACUCCAAGUCCAAAUAUAACAAUGCUGUUACUAAAUAUGCAGAGAUCGAAACUGCGAUCAAGCAAGUUAAUGACUCUAUUAAAAGACGUUUACAAUCAUUAAGUUAUGCAAAGGCUGAUACCUGCGGCACAGCAGACCUUGAUUUCAAAGAAUCGUUGCGUUUCAGAAAUUUAUCAGGAGGGCUCAACUUUGACUUCAAUAAGAAGACGUUGAACAUGCUUCUCAAAACACCGAACGACGAACAACCACGAAAUGUUGACACUUUCUCUGGCGGAGAGAAGUCAUUUGCUCAAACAUCGCUGUUACUUGCCACGUGGAGACCAAUGCGGUCCAGAGUUAUUGCAUUAGACGAAUUUGACGUAUUUAUGGACCAAAUUUACCGCGAGAUUGGAUCAAAGUUGAUUAUGACAAAGUUAUCUAAGGAAGAACGAACUCAAACAAUUAUAAUUACCCCGCAAGACAUUGGAAAGAUUGCUAAUUUUGACGAUCCAGGGAUAAGAAUACAUAAAAUGAAUGAUCCGGAAAGGGCAAAUAACUCAGGCGCACGAGCUUGA